CCGCAUAUAUGGGUUGUCUAAGGGACUUUCGCACGGACCAACUUCCUUUCGCUUCGACAUCUUGACGGGAAAACAUGCCUCCCAAGCAAGACAAGAAAAAGGACGCCGGGAAGUCCAAGAAGGACAAGGACCCAGUCAACAAAUCUGGCGGCAAAGCCAAGAAGAAGAAGUGGUCCAAGGGAAAGGUGCGGGACAAGCUGAACAACCUGGUCCUCUUUGACAAGGCCACCUAUGACAAGCUGUACAAGGAAGUGCCCAACUACAAACUCAUCACCCCUGCUGUCGUGUCAGAGAGGUUGAAGAUCCGUGGCUCCCUGGCUAGGAAUGCCUUGCAGGAACUGCUGGCUAAAGGCAUGAUCAAGCUGGUGUCCAAGCACAGAGCACAGCUCAUCUACACACGCAACACCAAGGGGGGGGAUGAGGAGGCAGCAGCAGCAGAGAAAGCAUAAUCAGGUUCUGCUGUUUCCUUAUUGAGAUGUGUUUCAUGAUCGUAAAUAAAACGUAAAACCACAAA